AUGUCGUUCGUCAUCCGCAGAGCCGUGUCAACCCUGGUACCUCCAAAGGUCGCCAACCCAGCGGGUCUUGCGGCUGCCACGAAUGCCGUUCGCAUGGCAAACAUCGCCAAAUUUUACGAGAAAUUACCCAAAGGGCCAGCACCUGAACGAGCACCGGCUGGACCGCUAGGCUGGUAUCAAGCGAAAUACUUCGGAAAGAACCCCUCUGCAGCUCCCAUCUGGCACGUCAUUUUCGGACUCGUGGCUAUGGGAUACAGCAUGGAAUACUAUUUCCACCUGAGACAUCACAAGAACAACGCUCACUGA